GCGAACGCCGUAACACGCGCGCCGCCGAGACCGCGACGUGCCCGUACACAAAUACAACCACGCACACUAACGCGCGCGCGCCCGGUCUUCGCCGACGCGUGUAUCCGCGGUUGAUCGCCUCCGAUCUAUCGGCGCCACCCGACCCGCGAGGAGGAUCUCCGCGAUCGCCGCACACGCGUGUGAUAUAUUAUCACACGCACACCAGCCAUCGUCUCGCGUCGUGUAAACGCCGCGCGAAACGUUUUCGAUAAUUCGUCGCCGUCGCGUGUUUCCGGGGGCUCGGUUUUUUUUUUUUUUUUUCUGGUUUUCCGAAACCGAACGGUCACAAGUAUAAUAUAAUAUAGUAGGUACGCAGUGAUAUAGUUCCGUCGGCUUUUUUUCCACCCCUUUGAUUUUGCCGGACACGGAGACCGUCGGACUUUUCCGAUCCAACGCACGCGGAAAACGAAAAUCACAAGAACUACUGCAGUGCGAUAUGUCAUAAUAUUACUAUUUGUAUUAUGAUCGGUUCGACAGCGACGGUACGACGGGAUUAUUCGUAACCGCGCACGGCAACAACGGCUGCACCGUCGUAUGCGCUGAGGCACAGAGGCUCCCGGCCAACCCGACAGACCUUAAUCGGUGUUGGGUCUUUACGGAGGAGGGACGUGGGGGUCCGUCAAGACGUUGCUUGGAGCCGGGGUGGGGGGGCUCGGGCCUUUCCCUUGCAGAGAAAACGAACCAUUCUGGAAAAUGCCUCACAAAGAUGAUUCAGACCACUGCAACAUGACGGCGGCGGCCGCGGCGAUGGUCCAGAGCUCGGCGGCUCUGUUCGGUUGUUCGGCGGCCGGUCAUAGUGGUAUCAACCAGCUGGGUGGAGUGUAUGUUAAUGGUCGUCCGUUACCGGAUUCUACGCGACAGAAAAUCGUCGAGCUUGCGCACUCAGGCGCCAGACCGUGUGACAUAUCCCGCAUUCUGCAGGUUUCAAACGGAUGCGUGUCCAAAAUACUCGGCAGGUAUUACGAAACCGGUUCAAUUAAGCCGCGUGCUAUUGGCGGCUCGAAGCCGCGAGUUGCCACCAAUGGCGUAGUGAACAAGAUCGCCGACUACAAGCGAGAGUGUCCGUCCAUCUUCGCUUGGGAGAUCAGGGACCGGUUGCUGUCCGAAGGGGUGUGUAGCAACGACAACAUACCGAGCGUAUCGUCCAUCAAUCGGGUGCUGAGGAAUUUGGCCGCACAAAAGGAACACCAGGCCUCGUCGACGCACCAGCCGGGCGGCGGAAAUGGCCUGGGCGGCGGUGGAGGUAUUAGCGGUGGCGGCGGAGCGGCAGAGUCUGUGUAUGACAAGCUUCGCAUGUUCAACGGGCAAACGGGUUGGCCAUGGUACGCAGCACCGCCGCCUCCACCACCGCCUUCGACUGGCGGGCCACCCGUACACGGCGGUGCACCGUCACCGCAUCACCCAGCACUGGUCGGCUCGGUUGGCCACCAUCCGGGAAACCCAGCGGCUGCCUCACUAGCCACAGCCACCACGGCGUCACUCACUGCCGUGUCCAGAGAUGAUAUCCAGAGGAGAGCUGCUGAAUUGGCACCGGAGAGCACAUCCGAUGGCAACUCGGAGCACAAUUCGUCGGCGGACGACGAUUCGCAACUAAGACUUAGACUGAAAAGGAAACUGCAAAGAAACAGGACUAGUUUCACCAACGACCAAAUAGACAGCUUAGAAAAAGAAUUUGAAAGAACGCAUUAUCCGGACGUGUUUGCCAGAGAAAGGCUGGCGGAUAACAUAUCUCUUCCGGAAGCCAGAAUUCAGGUAUGGUUUAGCAAUCGUCGAGCAAAAUGGCGGCGAGAAGAAAAAUUGAGAAACCAGCGCAGGGGUGGAGGUGGUGGAGGUAGUGGUGGAGUUCUUGACCAGCAGAACGGAACGCCGGCUGCUCUUUCUUCAUCAUCUGCAUCCGUAAGUCCGCCAGCCGGUGCCACGUCAAACACAGUUGGUGGAGGCGGCGGUGGCGGAGGUGGCGGUGGCCACAACAACCGAUUGGCGUCGAUUCAAGCGGCCGGUUUCAACCAUAUGUACCAGUCCAUAUCACAACCAAUUGCCACCAUGCCCACCGAUAAUUAUGGUUCCAUGUCGAGCAUGGUAUCCGGCGGCCAUCAUCACCAUCACCACCAUCAUCCGGCAAGCUCGUAUCCGUACAUGUUCCAUCAUCCGCCACCGGACUCGCUGUACAACCAUCCAGUGUCGUCGUCACCGCGUGUCCCUUGCCAGCCCGCUCCCGCGCACUCAGUCAACGCAAACACACAUCCGGCAGCGUAUCCCACUUCUACGCAUCACGCGUCCAACACGUCACCGGGCGCUACGGGCACAGGCGUAAUAUCUGCAGGAGUAUCGGUACCGGUUCAAAUACCAUUGAGCCAAGCGCCGGAACACACAUACUGGUCGAGAUUACAGUAAACGGACGAAGUUUACUGCUGACAAGCUUUAAAUUAUGUACAUUACGACGAAUGUUCUGCGUGAUUUAAUUUUUAUUUUAAUAAACGCGAAAGAUUUU